AUAUAUCUAGUAAAAUAUCAAAGCUGCAAUAGAAAAAUGAGGUCUUUUAUGACGUUUCUUCUCUACUUUUGUUUCCAAAUAUUGGUGUAUUGCAUGCCAUUUGCAACAGUUGCUCUUGCUUUGAGUUCAGAGACUGAUAAGCUUGCUUUGCUUACAUUGAAAGAAAAGCUUACAAAUGGUGCACCAGAUUCUCUUCCAUCAUGGAAUGAGUCUCAACAUUUCUGUGAAUGGCAGGGUGUUACAUGUGGUCGUCGUCAUAUGAGAGUCGUUGCCUUGCAUUUGGAAAAUCAAAUAUUGAGUGGUACUCUUGGAUCAUCCGUGGGAAAUCUAACAUUUCUAAGAAUGCUACAACUUACAAAUGUUAACUUGUAUGGUGAAAUUCCAAGUCAAGUUGGUCGUUUAAAGCGAUUGCAAGUUCUUAACUUAAAGGAUAACAAUCUUCAUGGCGAAAUUCCUAUGGAGCUCACAAAUUGCACGAAUAUCAAGGUAAUUCUUUUGCGCAACAACCGACUCGGUGGAAGAAUUCCGACAUGGUUUGACUCAAUGAUGCAACUUACUCAGUUGAAUCUUGCUGUCAAUAAUCUAGUUGGUACUAUUCCGUCUUCCGUGGGAAAUGUUUCAUCACUCCAAAAAUUAUCAUUUGGAGAUAAUAGCUUUAAAGGAAGCAUACCUUAUUCUUUGGGUAUGUUGUCAAGUUUGAAUCUACUGAUUCUAAGUUCAAAUAAUUUGUCAGGUGAAAUCCCUAAUUCUCUUUACAACCUAUCAAAUAUUCAAGAUUUGGAUAUUGGGGGAAACAUGUUAUCUGGUAGUCUUCCAUCAAAUAUGCAUCUUGCUUUUCCCAAUCUUAAACGAUUCUAUAUUGGAGGCAACCAAAUAAGUGGAACUUUUCCGUCUUCAUUAUUAAACCUCACUGAACUAAUACUGUUGGAUAUACCAUAUAAUACUUUUGUUGGGUCAAUACCUCUUACUUUGGGUCAAUUAAAUAAACUUGAGUCGUUUAAUAUUGGAGGUAAUAAUUUUGGGAGUGGAGGAGCUCAUGAUUUGGAUUUUCUUUCAUCGCUAACCAACUGUACUCAAUUGUCAAAGAUAUAUAUUUUUGACAAUGGAUUUGGUGGUGUGUUGCCGAACAUUAUAGGAAACUUUUCCACCCAUCUCCGUUUGCUUCAUAUGGAAUAUAAUCAAAUACAUGGAGUGAUACCAGAAAGAAUUGGACAACUAAUUGGUUUAACUGACUUAGACAUUGGAUACAAUUUUCUUGAGGGAACAAUUCCAGGUUCCAUUGGAAUGCUCAAAAAUAUAGUAGCAUUGGGCUUCGAUUAUAACAAAUUAUCUGGUAACAUCCCUAUGGUCAUUGGUAAUCUUACUGUGCUGUCUGCACUAGAUAUAUCUAACAAUAAAUUGGAAGGAAACAUUCCAGUUACCAUAAGGAAAAUACUUACAAAGGAAAAUUAUGUUUCACUACAAUAGUUUCACUACAAUCUAAGGCUCAAAUACUUACAAAGGAAAAUUAUGUUUCACUACAAUAGUUUUGGUCUAUGGUGGCACCGCUUUUCUUCCAUCUAUGUUAUUGAGGUUCACUAAUCUAGAAACAAUACUACAUGUUCAACUUCAUCAAAGGGAGUUCUAUUUUCACCCUUAUUGUCUUGAUAGUACUUUAUAAGAUGGAGGAGGAAUGUGAAAUGUAUAGAGGGGAGGCUCACAAGGCACCCAUUCUAGCAGCUAUAAAGUUGGGAAUGUUGUCCUUUUGUACUGAUUUGCAAAAAUGUGAGAUUUCCAUCGAGCAAAAGUGAAGCUCUCUUUGGGAAAUUGAUACAGCUCGUCACCACUACUGUCCUCUUGUCUCACGACAAGUGUUUUGAUCUUUGGCACAUUACUCCUUGUUUUCCUUUUCUUCGGUUUUAUAUUUAAUCUGUGUUUAUGGAUUUUGACAUGCUUUUACAUGUACUUUUAGGUCCGCUUUGUCUCCUGAAACUGAUUUGACAGUCAAGGCCAAAACAAGUGAUGUUAAUGUAGGUGAUUUUAGUGUUGGUAAUGUUGAUGAUUUUGAUGUUGCAAAUUGAUAGAUGAUUAGUUCUACUGCACUGAUAUUGAUGUCCUGUGGUCAUAAUUUACAUGUACGCAGUCAGACAUGUACCUAAAUUCAACACAAAUAGCAGUUCAAUGCUUAUUUUAUGGUAUGGCCUCUUCUUAAGUAUUUUAUGAGUUGAAUCCAAGACUUAGGUUCUUUUGAGUUUGUAUGUAUGCAAUGUAUCUUACUGUCUUUCUCAAUUCUUCCUUUGUUAGUGUCUUAUCUGUUUAUUUUGACACUUGUAAUAGUGUCAAUUUGCUUAGUUUUUAGUUAUUGUUUAGUUUGUGUUUGUUUGGUAUUGGUUAUCUUGUUGGAUGAAAUUGGAAGAAGUUACGUGAUAGUAGCAUAAAAUUGCUACCAGCUAUUUAUGAAUGUAAAAAAAAAAUGACAUUACCCACGGCAAUACAGUAGGUAAUACUUUCCUAUGGCAAAACCGUGGGUAAGUAUUAGAAAUGUUUUCUAUGGCAAAGCCGUGGGUAAAGUCCUCCUCAUGGUAUUGCCAUGGGUGAUUAUCCACGGCAAAGUUUUGGAUAAUAACGUGGGAAAGGCCGUGAGUAACCUUAUUCACGGCAUUUUCUUGGGUAAUGAGUUACCAACGAGGCAAAAUGUCAUGGACUCGUGCCGUGGGUAAAUCUCAUGUACUCAUAGUGAAGCCGUGGGUAAUGACAAAAAUGGCCGUGGGUAUAGACUGAUUUUCUUGUAGUGAAAACUUGCAACGUGGUUAAAAGUAAUAAGGAUACAUUAGUAAAUUUGGUGGUAAUCGAUUUUAAUAUAUUUGUAAUAGAUAUGAAAAGGGCUGUUUCGGUAUUAUAAAAAAAUUUAAUGAAAUUUUGGGUGUAAUUAACAAAAUUUCACUAAAAAGUAAGUGUUGAAGAGAAUUAAUUUGCACUUCCACCAUCUUUCUUAGUCAACGAUAGUGUGCUCUCCGCGUUGUUGGAAUUAGUCAUCACCUGUUUUCUUUUUGUGGAAUAUCUACGUUUUGAAUUUUGAUGGGAAAGUAGCUAUAAGUCGUUUGUCAAAAUAAUUAAUGCAACCAUAAACCACUUGCCUAGUGCACAUUCAUCUCUUUAUAUAUCUAAUAUAAAAUUUCAAAGCUGCAUAUAUAUAUCAAAGCUCCAAUAGAAAAAUGAGGUCUUUUAUGACGUUUCAUCUCUACUUUAAUUUCCAUAUGUUGGUCUAUUGCAUUCCAUUAGCAACAGUUGCUCUUUCCUUGAGUUCAAAGACUGAUAAGCUUGCUUUGCUUGCAUUGAAAGAAAAGCUUACAAAUGGUGCACCGGAUUCUCUUCCAUCAUGGAAUGAGUCUCUACAUUUUUGUGAUUGGGAGGGUGUAACAUGUGGUCGUCGUCAUAUGAGAGUCUCUGUCUUGCAUUUGGAGAAUCAAACAUUUGGUGGUACUCUUGGACCAUCUGUGGGAAAUUUAACAUUUCUAAGAAUACUACAACUUAAAAAUGUCAAUUUGUAUGGUAAAAUUCCAAGUCAAAUUGGUCGUUUAAAGCGAUUGCAAGUUCUUAACUUAAACGAUAACAAUCUUGAUGGCGAAAUUCCUAUGGAGCUCACAAAUUGCACAGCUAUCAAGGUAAUUUUCUUGCGCAGCAACCGACUCUCUGGAAGAAUUCCGACAUGGUUUGAGUCAAUGAUGCAACUUACUCAGUUGAAUCUCGGUGCCAAUAAUCUCUUUGGUACUAUUCCAUCUUCUCUGGGAAAUGUUUCAUCACUCCAAAAUUUAUCACUUGCACAAAAUCACUUGAAAGGAAGCAUACCUUAUUCUUUGGGUAUGUUGUCACGUUUAAAACUACUGAUUCUAGGUUCAAAUAAUUUGUCAGGUGAAAUCCCUCAUUCUCUUUACAACCUAUCAAAUAUUCAAGUUUUUGAUCUUGGGUCGAACAAGCUUUUGGGUAGUCUUCCAAAAAAUUUGAAUGUUGUUUUUCCCAAUCUUAUAGCAUUCUUGAUAGGAUACAACCAAAAAAUAAGUGGAACUUUUCCGUCUUCAUUAUCCAACCUCACUGAACUCCAAAUGUUGGAUAUAUCAUAUAAUGCUUUUUUUGGGUCAAUACCUCUUACUUUGGGUCAAUUAAAUAAACUUGAAUGGUUUAAUAUCGGAGGUAAUAAUUUUGGGAGUGGAGGAGCUCAUGAUUUAGAUUUUUUUUCAUCGUUAACCAAUUGUACUCAAUUGUCUAUGAUAUAUAUUUUUAACAAUAGUUUUAGUGGUGUGUUGCCAAAUCUUAUAGGAAACUUUUCCACCCAUCUCCGUUUGCUUAAUAUGGAGAAUAAUAAAAUAUAUGGAGUGAUACCGGAAAGAAUUGGACAACUUUUUGGUUUAACUGACUUAGAAAUUAGAAACAAUUUCCUUGAGGGAACAAUUCCAGAUUCAAUAGGAAAACUUAAGAAUAUAGUAUCAUUGGGCUUUGCUGAUAACAAAUUUUCCGGUAACAUCCCUAUAGUCAUUGGUAAUCUUACUAUGUUAUCCGAACUAGAUCUAUCUAGAAACAAAUUGGAAGGAAGCAUUCCAAUUUCAAUAAGAAAUUGCACCCAAUUGCAGAAGUUAAGUUUAUCUAGUAACAAAUUGAGUGGUUAUAUUCCCAAUCAAACAUUUGGUUAUCUAGAUGGUUUAAUAUAUCUUUACUUGUACAACAACUCGUUGUCUGGUCCCAUUCCUUCAGAGUUUGGUAACUUAAACCAUCUUUCACAACUGUAUCUAAGCUUAAAUAAAUUGUCCGGUGAAAUUCCUAACGACUUAGCAUCUUGCAUAUCAUUGACACAACUUGGGCUGGGUGGAAACUUCUUCCAUGGAACUAUACCAUCGUUCUUGGGCUCCUCUUUAAGGUCCCUUGAAAUUUUAGAUCUUUCUAGAAAUAAUUUCUCAAGCACAAUCCCUUAUGAACUAGAAAAUCUAACAUAUUUGCAUAAGUUGGACUUGUCUUUUAAUAAUCUUUAUGGUGAGGUUCCUAUGGAAGGUGUCUUUAGCAAUGUCUCGGCAAUUUCACUAGCUAGAAACAGGAACCUUUGUGGAGGAAUACCUCAAUUGAAGCUUCCUCCAUGUUCUAAAGUUUCUACCAAGAAACAUAAAAGAUCUCUCAAAAAGAAACUUAUCAUCAUCAUUAGUGUAAUUGGCGGAGUUUUGAUCUCUUUCAUAGCAUUUUUAAUCGUCUAUUUUGUCACGAGAAAGCCUAAAAUGUUACUUUCUUCACCAUCUUUGCAAAAUGGGAGCUUAAGGGUUACUUAUGGUGAUCUACAUGAUGCAACCAAUGGAUUUUCUUCAUCCAAUUUGGUAGGAACGGGAAGUUCUGGUUCUGUUUAUAAAGGGCAUCUUCUUCAUUUUGAUAGAGUUAUUGCUAUAAAAGUGUUGAAUCUUGAAACACAUGGUGCUGCAAAGAGUUUCAUGGCUGAAUGUAAAGCUCUAGGAAAGAUGAAGCAUCGGAAUCUUGUAAAGAUCAUAACUUGUUGUUCAAGUGCUGAUUACAAGGGUGAUGAUUUCAAGGCUAUUGUUUUUGAGUUCAUGUCUAACGGGAGUUUGGAAAAUUUGUUGCACAACAGUGAAGAUGAGUCUAAAAAUCUUAGUCUAAACUUCACACAAAGGGUAGACAUUGCUCUUGAUGUAGCUAAUGCAUUGGAUUAUCUUCAUCAUAACGUAGAGCAAGUUGUAGUUCAUUGUGAUGUUAAACCAAGCAAUGUUCUUCUUGAUGAUACCCUUGUUGCCCACUUAGGAGACUUUGGCAUAGCUAAACUCAUUCACGGAGCCAUGGAGAAUUCCAGUAAAGCCCAAGUCAUUUCUUCCGCAAUUAAGGGAACUAUUGGAUAUGUUCCUCCAGAGUAUGGAGCAGGUGGUCAAGUAUCACCACAUGGAGAUAUCUACAGCUAUGGCAUUCUUCUGCUAGAGAUGCUCACUGCAAAGAGACCAACAGAUAGCAUGUUUUAUGAUAAUCUAAAUCUACACAAAUUCUGCAAGAUGAAAAUUCCAGAAGAAAUUCUCAAGAUAGUGGAUUCAAGUUUGCUUAUGCCAUUUUCUGAAGAUCAGAAAUUUGUUGUGAAAAACAACAUUAAAGAGUGUCUAGUGAUGUUUGCUAAAAUAGGAAUUGCGUGUUCUGAAGAAUUUCCUACUCAGCGAAUGAUCAUAAAAGAUGUUAUAAUGAAGUUGCUUGAAAUUAAACAGAAGUUGACAUGCUAGAAACUAUUAUUCAGCCAAUGUUAUUUUGGUUAGUCUUUUAGUUUUAGCUUUAAGUUUUAUUGUGUUUAUUUCUCUGCUUUUGCAGUGUAUAGCUUGUAAUCGAGUUUGCCUUGAGUUCAAUAAAAUUUUAUGUGCAAA